CUCAAUCCUCCCCUCUGAGAAUUUCGAGGGAUUCCUUACCCAGAGAAGCCAAUACGAUGACGUUUUGUGUCACGAGUACCACAUUGCAUUUCGUUUUCCCUUCCCUAACCCGCCUUCUCCUGACCAAAUGCUCGACCGGAACCCUUUUGAGUUUCGUUUUCGUCAUCCUUGAACGCCCGGGUGGGAUGGAGGUACCCGAUGAACCCUCUCAUAUUUUAUCCUCUUCCGGUGUCCGUUUCUUGAUGGAAUUGGGGCCGUGUUGAGGCAUCCGAAGAAUAUCAGCUGUGUUCGAAUGGGGCAAAUGUGGUAUGGUUUUGUUGAAGAUUUUUUCUUUUAUAUGUGUAAGGAGGAUUAAUUCUGUCUUCUGUUGGAUUUCUCUUUGAUAACACUUAAUAGUUAUUUCAAUUAAGGUACUUCCAAGUUUUGGUUCAAUUUGGAAGCAUCGGUAUAUGUUUGUAGCGUAAAUACUAUACAGGGGAAAUAGAUAAACCGCAUUUACCAAUGUUUCCGAAACCUAUUUAUGUCAAUAUGUAUGUAUGUGAAGCCAUUUUCUAAGCUGAACCCAGCCGCCAUAGUCUCAACGUAGGUUUUGUCGUUGUUUUAUUUCAUUCUGAAUGAAUUUCUGUGUGUGGGGGACUGAGCUCGCAAGUGCUGUUAUAAUUUAUGGUAAUUUUAAUCUCUCUGGAAAUGUAAGUUAAAUAUGUUUAUUAGUACCCAAUUGAGGAUUUUUUUUUUUUGGCUUUUCUUUGAUAUUGAAAGAAGUAUAAAGGGUGAGAACACCACUGCAAAGAUCAUGGACCCUUUUCUGCUUUUCUACUGUUUAUGCUUGUUUCCCAGGUGAAGACUAUUAAAUAUACUGGGUGGAAUAGAGCUCAGGAAAAUAUUUAGUGAUGAAAAGCAGUACAAUGUCUCAUUCCCGAGAAAUUCUCAUUCUCAUCCAAAAGAUGGUGAAGCUCCCACCAGAAAAAGCUCUCUCCUUCUUCAAUUGCUCAAUCAUCUGUGGUGUUCGUCACACCUGCCAAUCAAUAUCCUUCAUCUUAAACCAUCUCCUCACCUCUGGCAUGCUAUCUGAGAGCCAACAUCUUCCCUCCUUUAUGAAGCACUUGUUAAUGCCUCUCUCAAUUCUAAAUUACAUGAUCAAGCCCUCUAUAUUUUUAAACAGAUGAUUGACAAGGGCAUUGUUCCUAGGCCAAAAACGUUCAAUAAUCUCUUGAGCUCACUUAUUAGAUCCAAUUGCUUUCAAGAAGCAUGGUGGAUUUUUAAUGAAGCAAAGGGUAAGCCUAUGCUAGAUGUAUACAGUUUUGGGAUUUUGAUCAAGGGUUGUUGUGAAACUGGUGACAUGAUUAAAGCUUUUCAACUUUUUGCUCAGUUGGAAGAGCUGGCAUGGCCUCCAAAUGUUGUCAUAUACACCACAUUGAUCAAUGGCUGCUUCAAGAGUGGUGAUUUUCAACUGGCAAAGAAGCUGUAUUGCACGAUGGAGAAAUUGUGUUUAGUUCCCAAUCCUCAUACAUACACAGUGUUAAUCAACGGGUUUUUCAAGCAAGGCCUAAAGAAAGAAGGAUUUCAAAUGUAUGAAACCAUGAAGCGAAAUCAAGCUGUCCCUAGUAGUCAUACUUACAAUUGCGUGAUUAACGAACACUGCAAUGAUGGGAACAUGGGUGAAGCUUUUAAGGUGUUCGAAGAAAUGCAAGAGAAAGGCGUGGCAUGUGGUGUUGUGACAUACAAUACUUUGAUUUGUGGGUUAUGUCGAGUGCAGAGGCUCUGGGAAGCUUUGAAGAUGCUUGAUCAAGUAAACAGUGUUGGCCUAAGUCCUAAUGUAAUCACAUAUAACACACUGAUAAAGGGCUUUUGUGACGCUGGAAAGAUGGACGUCGCUGCUAGAUUAUUUAACAAAUUGAAGUCAAACGGACCAUCUCCUUCCUUAGUCACAUAUAAUACAUUGAUCGCAGGAUAUGCUAGGAAUGAGAAUUUGGAAAAAGCUCUUCACUUGGUCAGGGAAAUGGAGGAGAGAAGCAUUGCUCCCUCCAAAGUAUCAUAUACGACUCUAAUUGAUGCCUUUGUAAGGCUAAAUGAGAUGGAGAAGGCAUUUGGAAUGCUUUCUUUUAUGGAAAAGUCUGGUUUGAGAUCAGAUGUUUGCACUUAUGGUGUCCUAAUACAUGGUUUAUGUACAAGAGGCCGUAUGGAGGAAGCGUCAAAACUCUUCAGAUCAAUGGGUGACAAGAACUUGAAACCAAACAAUGUGAUAUAUAAUAUCAUGAUUCAUGGUUACUGCAAACAAGGAAACUCCUACAGGGCCCUAAGGCUGCUUGAAGAAAUGGUGGAGAGUGGAAUGGUACCAAAUGUGGCUAGCUACAGCUUGACUAUCAGAGCUCUCUGCAAUGAUGGGAAGUGGAAGGAAGCUGAGCAGCUUCUAAGAGAGAUGAUAAAUUCAGGAUUACAGCCAUCAGUGUAUUUGUCCGAUUUAAUUUCCCAAGCCAAAAAUCACAGUGGCUGAGAAAUUUCAAUUAUGCUAUUUGUGUAAAUCGAAAAUUAUAAUUGUGAUCAUCAAGUCCCUUUUCAUAUUGUUAAUGUCUUUGCCCCACGAAGAUGAAUGAUGAAUUACUAGUACUCUUCUGAUGUACAAUGGAAUCAUCAGAGACACUGGAGUUUAGGGGUAAAUAAAAACGGUGUCAAGUACAGUAGUCCAAACCUGUAAUCUACAAACCCAAGCCGCAUUUUUAUAGUCCGAGUUGAUAGGUUUGAGUUGUACGGUAUUCACAUGAGAAGAUUUUCUUGGCCUUUUCUUUA